AACAAAAAGAAAACAAAGAUGUCAGAAAAGUAAUAGAACCAAAAGAUAUUCAAUAUUCAGCAAUAGUUGAUCUUGAUAGCAAAGACAAAGUUAAUAAUAGUUAUUUAUCAUGUGAAUUCCACAACUUUCACUCCAAUGGCUCUAGAGAUGAUAAUUUGUCUGCAAAUAGUGAUAAUACAAUCAUUUAUAAUAAUUACAACAUUGAAAAACCUGACAGUUCACUGUCCUUCAAAUUUGACAACACCAAGAAUAUUGACAUUGUCACUGUAAAUACAAACAUUAAGAACUUUUUUGUGUCUCAUGAUAAUGAGGAUACAAACAUAAUAUGCACAAUAAUUGAGGAUUCUAAUGUAGAUGUAGAAAUUGAGUCAGAAAAUAUGCCUGGAAAUGCAAAUGUACAAAAUUCAAUAAAUAAAGAAACUGCUGCUGUCAAUUUAGAAAUUAAAAGAGAAAGGGCUAUGUCAAAUGAUUACAUGCCAGAAGAACAAAAGAUUCUAAUUUCGAACAGGAAUGCCAUUGACAAACUUUCUCAUGUCAUUGUUCAGCCACCAAAUUAUAAAUUUGUUAAAAGGGACGUUUCGUUUAGUGUUAAAUCUAAAACAGGUGCAAAAACUGUAUCAAAAUUAGGUCUUAAGAAUGGUAAAGUAUCAGUAAGAGGUGACGGUUUGAAGCAAGCAACUAUUAAUGAUUAUUUUUGUGGAAAACUUCAAGUGCAUACAAAGAAGUCUGGCAAAAAAUUCAUUGAAACAGUACCGUUUAAUAAUUCAAAAUACGCUAAGGAUUUAGUGUUCGAUGAUGUGGAGGAUAUGAGUAAAAAUUCAGGUGUCAAUGACACUUUAUUGAAAUACGAUAAAUUUAGAGCGGCGAUCAAAGUUUCGAGAGAAAAUGACAUGCAAUCGAAGGCAAGAUUAUGUUCACCGAAAAGAGACAGUGCAUCAUUUAGGCAACAGGAACUCAAGGCGUCCAGUUCUGAGGUACCGCGCAGUAUAUCACCGAAGCUAAGGAACGGCAGCAUCAGUUCGUUCUCGCCAAGAAAGAACUUGGAUUCGAUACAUUUCAGUCUACCUUCAAAAACAAGAAGCAACAAGACUAACACUAAUCGGAAUAUACCAUUUUACAAAAUUGUUGCAGGUACACAUUUUGCAGUAGACGCUUUUUCUUACGGUGACAUACCAAACGUUAAUAUUUAUUUUCUCACUCAUUUUCAUUCGGACCAUUACACAGGACUAAAAAGGACUUUUAACAAAACUUUGUAUUGCUCAAAAAUUACAGCGGAUCUUUGUGUUGCCCGAUUAGGUGUGAAUCCGAAACAUUUACAAAUAUUAAAUAUUGAUGACACGGUCAAAAUUGAAGGUAUUGAUGUGACUGCAGUUGACGCAAAUCAUUGCCCCGGUGCUAUAAUGUUGGUAUUCACGUUACCAAAUGGGAAGAAUUUACUACACACUGGCGACUUCCGAGCAUCGCCCUACAUGGAAUCCUAUCCCGUUUUUUGGAAUAAAGAUAUGCACACCAUAUAUUUGGACACCACAUACUGUAAUCCCCGAUAUGAUUUCCCAACGCAAGACCAAAGUUUGGAGAUGGCACUAAAUUUACUAAGAGAUAAGAAAACAAAGUUGGAGGAAGCUGGAAAGAAAUUUUCGUCAGUGUUGAUUGUCUGUGGGGCGUAUACUAUAGGCAAGGAGAAAUUCUUCCUGGGCAUAGCGCGGCGCGUGGGCUGCAUGGUGUGGGCUUGCCCGGAGAAGGAUCGCGUGCUUCAGGUGGUGGAGGGGCAGAGCUUCGGCCGCAGCGCCCCCCACACCUGCCAGCUGCACGUCGUGCCCAUGCGCGAGCUCACACACGAGAAGCUGCGAGCGCACCUGGACAGCUUGCAGGGUGCGUUCAGUGAGGUAGUGGCGUUCAAGCCCAGCGGCUGGGAGAACGACAAGGCCACUGCCGUCACCAGGGACUCUGUCACUAUACAUGGCAUCCCUUACAGUGAACACUCGAGUUUCUCGGAGCUGAUUCGUUUUGUCAAGUUCCUGAAGCCGAAGCAAGUUGUGCCCACGGUCGAUAUAUCGGGAGGUGUUAAAACUGUACAGCAAUUCUUCCCGUGUCCGCUGGUGUACAAGGAGGACCUGAAGUGCCAGAGUCGGCUGACGGACUACUUCGGCGUGCAGAGUCGCCAGCGCGUCCACCCCGUCUAGACAUACAGAUACAAAAAUAAUUUGGAUACAAGGUAACCCCGACGGUGGUUGAAAUGGGCAACAAGUGUAUGCUGUCCAGU